GCAGCGGGAGACCCAAGACAGUGCCGCGGGCCUGGAGUACUGCAACGCAGGCUCCAGCAAGGCUGGACGGCUUUGCGGCGUCGUGGGGUGGGAUGUGAGGAAGAGGGCGACCGCUGCACAAGUACCGGCCAAGGCAGAAGAUGGCCAAGGAAAGGUGCCAGAAAAAGUCCUUUCAAGACAGCCUUGAAGACAUAAAGAAGCGAGCGAAAGAGAAAAGGAAUAAAAACUUGGCAGACAUUGGCAAACGCAGGGCCUUCGUACUUGCACCGUGCCAAGUGGUUACCAACUCGAAAAAUUACCAAGACAACAACAGAAUGUUAGUGUUAGAUUUGGAAAAUGAAAAAUCCAAAGUGAGAGAAGCCCAAGACAUCAUCCUACAGCUAAGAAAAGAAUGUUACUACUCUACAUGUCAGCUAUAUGCACUGAAAGGAAAACUUGCUUCACAACAAACAGAAAACACUGCUCAGAAGCCAUUGCCAGGGAGAUGGGAUGGGGAAGAGAAUGAGGAAAGCAAUGAACCAGGAAGCACGUCUCUCAGGAAUGGGCUCCCAGGGACGACAGCCCCAGAUUUAUUUGCAAAGGAUUUACCAGCAAAUACUUGGGUAUACUUGAAACUAGUUAGUUGGAAGGGCAGUCUUUUGAACUGGAAAGAAUCUGAUAUAUAUACUACGAAAAAAAGAAGAAAAAAAGAAAAGCUAACAGGAAAAUCUAAAUCUACAUCAAAGUAUAAAGGGAACAAAAGUGAAAAUUCUAUCAGUUCAAUACCUACAAUUUUAAUUUGUAAAAGAGUUUUCAUCUCACUCCUUUCUGACAAAACAACAACAACAACAACAACAAAACCCAACACUGAUUCUAAUAGAGAGGAAAACAACGUUAAGCCUGGAGUGAGCAUCCUUGAAUCCAGCAGUUCUGGAGACGAUUCUGAUGAUCUCUAUGUGCCCCACUGCAAGAACACUCAGAAUCUCACAAGCACAUCAGGGAGACGGGUCACCAGGCCUCAACCUAAAAGAGCGCUAAACUGCACAGAUGAACAAGAGAUGGAAGAUUCUAAGCCAACAAAAACUCCUACUAGUGUACCACCUAAGAUCCGCCCAUCACCUCCAUCACCUCACUGUAGCCUGAAGGACACCAACAAUGUUCCCUUGUUACCCGAAAUAAAAACCAGGAGACUUUGUCUUUCUCCAGAAAAGAAGAAAGAAAGCACAGCCAUGAGUCUGCCUAAGCGUAGGUGCCCAAGCAGCACGAAUUAUAAGGAGCCAACACCAGCUUCGAAGGUAAGAGACACUUUCACAGUUUUGUGUUUCUCGAAUUCUCCUAUUUUCAAGCAGAAAAAGAAUUCAAAGUGUUCUUUAAAAAGUAUGAAAUAA